AUGGCGAGCAGCAAUGGCUGCUUUGAGGGUGCAGCAAUGUUCACCUUCAACCUUGCACCUGAAAAGAUUUUACCAGCGGAGGUUCUCGGACAGCCAAUUGCAAAGGAUCUCUCCGAGCCCGUGACUGCAAGGCUGAAUCCUCUACUUUCUAUGAGGUGCAGUGAACCCGGGGUGAUAAAAAAUCCAGGACCUUUUCUUUUUAAAGGAGCAGACGAGACUACAUUUUCAGCCCUUCCCUCACAGAAAGACCUGGAUUUGAUUGAAAGAUACAAACAGGGAAUAAUAAACCCAGUGUCUGCCUUGCAUCUGUUUGCCAAAAUACACCACCUGCAGCUUGAAUUGAAAGAAACGAGUGUGGCAGGCGAUGUCAUAAGGCCUUAUUUUGCCUUUUGUGCUGUGAUAAAUGGUGUUUGCUACAAGACUGGGCUGGGAAAGAACAAGAAGGAAUCGAAGUUAAAUGCAGCUAAACUGGCUCUUGCUGAGCUACUUAACUUGGAAAGUACAGGGGAAAAGGCUUUUGAAGAUUCAGUUAAAUUCUUAGAUUUUCCCUGUGUUCCUGCUGAGCUUCGACCUCCAGCAAACUCUACUUGUGUUUCAAGGACUGGAGGAGAACAUAUCUAUCAAAAGUUCUCACAAAUGCUUGAGGAAGUGUUCAACCGCCUGACUGCCCAACACGCUGAGUACCAAAGCUGUGGCAGUUCCCUGGCUGCCUUCAUCAUUGAAAAGGGUGGGCAGCAUGAAGUGGUAGCUCUGGGGACAGGAGAAUGCAACUACAGCCGGCGCUUCGAGUCCUGUGGGAGGCUCCUGCACGACAGCCAUGCCAUUGUCACUGCCAGGCGUUCCCUGCUCAGCAAAAAUCCAGCCAAGGCAGAGAGAUCCAUAUUUUGCACAGUACCAGGCUCGAAGCUGCUUACCUUCAAGCAGAAUAUAACCCUCUCUCUCUACAUGAACCAGCUUCCUAAAGGAACUGCUCAGUUAAAAUCAGAGGUGCAUCUCGGUCCCCAGUCUCUAUCUGCUUACGAAGCCAGUGAAGAGCUGAGUCUGCACGUUGCUCUCGAAGGCAGGAUUUACCUGGCUGUUUGCUGUCCCCCCAAGACUGUCAGAGUGAGCAGCAUGUCAGCUGGUGACAAGCUGACCAAGUGGGAGGUGGUUGGUCUUCAGGGAGCCUUGCUGAGCCACUUCAUUGAACCCGUGUACAUCAGCAACAUUCUUGUGGGAAGUGGAACUUGUAAGGAUACAAAAGGACUGGACAUAACCAUAAAGCAGCGUCUUGAUGAUGAACUUAUUUCAAAGCUUCCCGUGCCUUACCUGGUCAACAGAUCUCAUAUUUACUUGGUGAAAGCUGCACUGCCAGUCCAAACAGACUUGAACCAGUGGUCACUUAGCUUGAAUUGGACAUUGUCAGAUGCAUCCCUGGAAGUUGUGGAUGGAUUAAGCGGGAAAACCACUGAAAGCUCCCCGUUCCGCAGCGGCAGCUGCCUGGCCAGCCGUCUGUGCAAGGCUGCCAUGUUCAGCCGCUUCAGGAUGCUCGCCGGGGAAGCAGGACGGGGUGAUCUGCUCCAGUUUGCAACAUACCACGAGGCAAAGAUUAAAUCUCAGUUGUACCAAGAAGCUAAAAGCUUGCUGCAGAGCUACUUAGAGCAACACAGCUACGGAUCGUGGAUUGUGAAGUCUCCACAUAUUGAACAGUUCAGUGAUUGAUGGCGUUGGAUUGAAUGUUAAGUUGGUUUGAACAAUCUGUUUCAGUAAAUAUAGUUCUGAGAAGUAAAAUGUUAAGUUCGUAGUUACAGGAAGAAAACAAUUCCAGUACUGCUUCUUGUCAGUUUAAAUGCCGUUAUUAACCACCUGUAACAGUUCAGUCUUUUUCUAAAAUGGAUGUUUUCUCAUAGGUGGGAGUAUCCAAGAGCUUUGUAAAUCUUUGUUCUGCUUUGCCCACCAACGGUACCUCAUUUCAGCUUGCUGACCCUGACUCCUACAAAUCCCCACCCUGUGGAGUUAACAUGGUUUUUUUCCUGAUAGUUUCAGGAUUUUUGUAUAUUGAUUUCUUAUUCUUUGUGCCUUUCUCUUAACUUUAAAUAAGGACAAGAAUUCAGUAAAAACUGUAUUUCAUUUCUUUAAAAAACAAGCAUACCUCUGUGAGAGGUUUUCAGGAAAGAAAAAAAGAAAUGGGCAGUCUGUGCUUUAUCUGUAGGUAUCUGUCCUUUGCUUGAGAGUUUUGUUUAGUGUCAAUUUGCCAAGUGGCUUAUAGUUUGUGUUGUUUGUGCUAGAAGAAUUAAAAAAUAAUUUUUGUACUUAUGAACAUGAAACCUGGAAUGAACCAGCUGUUACUCAACUGUUGUGUGACAAUCACUGGUUCUGGUAGUGGGUUUAAAGCAUUAUGCGGGCAUCAGAGCUGUAAAUAAGAAAAUAAUGCAGUGUAGUAGAAAAGUCACCAGAAACAAGGUUUUUUCAGCUUUUGUGGUUUGCCUCAAACCCUAUCAAUGUUAAUGCUCUUGGAUGAGUUGGGCUCCUGCACCCUCAGCUGACUUCAUCGCUGCACUGACAAGUCCUAGUGAAAUUGUCUGCAUAUGCAGUAACUGGAAAAUGGUGCCUGUCACAAGGGAAUUUACUUCCAAGCAUUGGAAAGUAGGGACUUGACUUCCAAGGAUUGUUCUGGUAAGAACACAGUAGCAUUUGGCAGGGUGUUAAGUGCCGUGUUUGGAGUUGGUGUGGUGGUGUGAACACUGGUGUGUGCAAGCUAGACAGUACACUUGGAUUAUGUUCCAUGAUUUCUGUAAAUCAUGCAAGAGUGGGGAGUUAUGCAGUGUUCUCAUACAUCAGGAAUUGUGAGCAUAGUGCUGUAGUCAUGUAACCUUCUCAGCGUUAGAGGAGUCACCAAGAAGUUCCUCCUCCUCGUUGGUUUUUUUCCCUAAUCCGUUCUUCCAGCUGAUAUGCAGAGUCUUCUGUGGGGAUAAACUUACGCUGAUUUACAAGUUGUUGAAACUCGCUGACUCGGUCCUUGACCUUGUUUUUUGACUAAUGUGCUCUCUUGUUUUCUGUUACUGUCCCUUAACUUCAGAGGGUUGUGUAGUGGUGUUUGGUUUAUUGUGGCACAUGUUCCACAGACUGCUUGUUCCAUGUUAUGUUUUCUAAGAAUGCUCAGUAAUGGCUGUUGUAUUCCAGGCUAGAGCAAAGUGUUGCCUUUUGCCUUUUUGCAGGGGUGUUAAAAGUUCAAUAAAGGUCCUUGACAACGUGUUAGCCUUGCCUGCAUACACACAGAUGCUGGGAAGUGAUACACCUGUCAAAUCUGACAUACACAUUGCAUACCACACGUGUGU